CGUGGUUGUUUCGAGGUCUCUUGACGACAAGGGGAAAAGGUGACUUCUCGGGCAGACAGAUAUUGUGUUGUCGUCGUAUAUAUUCCAACAGAAGACAUUGUUUGACUAUAAGCAAACAUGUCUUCUUUUGGAAGGGCGUUAAGGGUCUUUCGGACGGGCACUCAGCUGCUUAGACGCGGUCCAACAAGGAUAACAACCAGAAAAGCUAGCGGCGGACCACAUAUUGAGCCACAGUACCGGCAGUACCCACAGAUAACCAAGAAGCAGGUGUUUCAGUCCGAGUUCAUCAGUGGUGCCAUGUGGUUUUGGAUCCUCUGGCAUUGCUGGCACGACCCCGACGCAGUCCUGGGUCACUUUCCAUGGCCAGAUGCCUCAGAGUGGACAGACGAAGAGUUGGGAAUUCCACCUGACGAUGAGGAGUGAUUAAGAUGUCUGGAUCAACCCUCAAGCUUCUUGUCAGUUGUUGUGGAAGUCAUAAUAUUCGAAAGUCAUCAUUGUACAUAGAGGAAUAAAACUAACUUUAUCUUAAAAUGUGU